UAUUUUGACAUCUACGUCGCUUUGCUCGAAAGGAAAAGGAAGUAGCGCAUGUUCUACACAAAUUUGACCCUUGUGGAUGUAACGUUAGAAUUUAUCAUUACCACAAAUUAACGCCCUUAUUUUAGUGAAAUGUACCUCUAAAAGCCACACAAAUAAUUAAGCAGCAUGAGACUGACAGCGUUGCUCUCUAUGGCAGCAAAAGCUGCAUUUCCACACGAUUAUCGUUAUGGCACGAACAGACCGUGGACCAUCGCAGCCCAGCGGCUCAAUCCACCCGGCAAGAAAAGAAGAAAAGUGUUUGUUGAACCUAUUGCAAACGAGGACUGGCAUGUCGUGAGAGGAGACACAGUGGAGAUUUUGUCUGGAAAGGACAAAGGAAAGCAGGGCAAAGUUGCUCAGGUGAUCCGACAUCGAAACUGGGUCAUACUCGAGGGCCUGAACACGCAUUACAGGUAUAUUGGCAGAUCUGGAGAUUACCGGGGUACUUACAUCGCCAGUGAAGCCCCUCUGCUGCUGAAGGAUGUUACAUUAGUUGACCCUACUGACAGGAAGCCCACAGAUAUCGAGUGGAGAUACACUGAAGAGGGCGAGCGAGUGCGUGUUUCGGUCAGGACAGGACGGAUAAUUCCCAAACCAGUCUUCCAGAGAAAAGAUGGGAUCAUUCCUCAGCAGUGGAAAGAUGGACCCAAAGACACAUCACCAGAAGACACGCUCCAGAAAACAUACACACCAUCUUUGAAAACCCUAGAGGAAGAUGUAAUGGAGAAAAUGAACAUUCAGGAAGAUAGAAGGCCUCGGAAAAGCUACUGGUACUGAGUUACCACAGAGACUGUGUGUUUAAAUUAGCAAACAAUAUCAUGGAGAAAUAUUGUGUGUUCCGCAGACUUUGUCAAUAAACCCAACGAAACGUU